CAAAUACGUUGAGGUUGCGUUCCGCACUAGCCGCGGCUCGGCAGUCAUCCGGUAGCCGCCGGUGGUGGAUGGUCGUUUUCUAGAGCUGUGUGCGUGUGUCACUGGACUGAGGGUGUCUGAGUUGAGAAGGCGAUUGUAAUGAGUAAGAGUUUUGGAGCGUUAUUGUUGUUGGUUGUGUGUGAAGCUGUUCGUGAUUCGUAUUUUGUGAGUGAUAUUGAAUGCAAUUGAUUCUACAACUUACUUUCUUCGAUAAGUGUUGUGCCAACUGGGACCUCCGUAUUGCCAUUAUACCUGUCUAUACCUCUUGCUCGAAGAUAGUAAAAAUCCAGAAUCAUGGAUGACCGAUCCAGAGACUCCCCUAAUUUAAAUCAAUGUGCAUUAGACUUUGCUGGACCAAGUGCCAAUGAAAUUGACUUGCUAUUGAAAUCGGAACAACUCUAUGGGGUUGAAGAUUAUCUCAGAGACCAGGCUAUUUUUUUUGCGGAGCCAGGCCUGCAAAUUUCACCAUUUGAUGAUUUGCCAGACAGUACGAGCCCCCAACAGAACCCAGCAAUGCCAUUUGUGCCUCCACCUAUAUCCACCAGUGCUCAUCCGUCCAUGGUAGACUACCCUGGACCCUAUCACUUCGAAGUUGAGGUGCCUAAGUGCGAAGUAAAGGUAAAAUGGGAGCAUUCCGUUACAUUAAAUAAACUGUUUGUUGCAAUGAAUACAAACAUUCCAUUCAAGAUUAAAGUAAACCCUGUGGAACCUGAAUUAUAUGUCAGAGUAUUGCCAAUAUAUUUGGCCCAAGAUUCAUUUGCUGAGGCUGUCAAACGCUGCCCCUCUCAUAUGUCGAACUUGGAGAGAUCCAACCAAGAUUUCCCACAUGUGGAACACAUCAUCAGGUGCCUCCAUAAUUCAGCUUCCUACCAGAAGAAUCUUCAAAGUGGAAGAUGCAGCGUAGUGGUACCUAUGGAGCCUCCCCAACCAGGCUCUGAUGGUUUUAUAGUCCAAUAUACUUUCAUGUGCAAGAAUAGCUGUGGACUGGGCAUGAACCGCCGGAGCACAGCUAUUAUUUUUACAUUAGAAAGACAAAAUGGUGAAGUUAUUGGGAGGAAGAUCAUAAAUCUGCGCAGCUGCAGCUCUCCACGAAGGGAUAGAAUUAAGGAAGAACAGGUUAAAAAUGUAGAUAAUGAGAUGCAUUGCUCGCAAAUUGUUGGAGGAAUGGAGGAUCAGAAAAUUCAGAUAGGGAAGAAAUGGUCCAGUGAGUCAUUUGAAGUUCGAACGCCAAAAAAAUAUUUAAAGAUUGUGAGAGAAAUGAUACUGAUGAAUAAAACACAUAAGGACUUAACAGUAGAAGAAAAUAAAUUUUUGGAAGAAGUGAAUAAACAUUUACACUAAAGAAGAUGGAAAUGGGCAUAAACGAAACCCGAUUUUUUCAUUACAUCAUUCUUUUUUAUAUUUUUAUUUUUGUAUUGCUUUUUUUUUAUUAAAAGGCUAUUGUAAUUCACAACAUUAUUAUUAAAAUAAAAUAUUUUCAUCAGACAAAAAAAUUGGUAUUGCUAAAAUCAAGAAAUUUAAUUUUAUGAUCGUAGCUUUGCAGAUUAAUGAUGAACAGCACAAAUGCUGCUGAACAAAAUCACACAAAAUGUUUUGUUAAAAGUGUCUUGCAUACUGCUGAUAAACAACAAUCUUUGCUAGGUACACUUUCUAAAAAUGUUACCUUUUUAAAAUCAAUUUUAUGUAGUUGUAUGAAGUACAAGUCACCACCUCUAGGAAUUGAUGGUCCUAGGGCCUCUUCAAAUGUGACUUUGCUGCUAUUGCAAUGUUAAAUUUUAUGAAUUUAAAGUUGAGCCUAAUUUCUGUGUAUUAGAGUACAUACAUUUUAUUGUCAUUACUGUUACAAAAUAUUUAAUAGUGGAUUUUAAUCUAAUAGAUAAUCCAAUUUUACACACAAAAGGAGAAGGGCAGAAGUGGUACCCAAACGUGGUGUGUGUUUAUGUGAAGCAAUAUACAUGUUUUUACUUUUUGCCUAUGUUUUUCGUAGUAAAAAGAAAGUAACAUAACACUGCAACGGAAAUUGGUGAUUGUUCUAUAGAAAGACGUCUUAUUGGACCCUGUGAACAACUUUAGUGCCUUAACCAUACUGACUAUUUCUCCAAAAUUGAUAAUCCCCAGGAGACAACUGUGAUUUCCUGCAAAAAUAAUAAUAAAAAAUGUUUUCAUAAAUGAAAUCUGUUCCAAGGCAUAUCAUGAAAUGAGGUCAUGUACAAUUUUUCAAAAAUGUUAGUAAUUUUGCAUGAAAUACAAGGAAUGUUUAAGUAUAUAUUUUGUAAAAGAAGUUUUGAAUUUUUUCUUUCAAUUAUUU